AUGAGAGCCCAAGACAUCAAUGAGAAGAGUUUUUGUAAGACAACAACUGUAGAAAGAACAUCAGCUGCCUCAUCAUUGUCAAGGUUUUUCAUAGGUGCUAGAGGAAAGGAACAUUUUUUAGAAGUCUUAAAGGAAGAUUACCAGGUGGUGCCAGAGGAUAUUGCUUUUCCAGUUGGAUUUGCUUGGGGUGCAGCUACAGUAGCAUAUCAAAUUGAACAAGGCUGGAAUGCAGAUGGAAAGGGCCCUAAUGUCUGGGACACAUUCACCCAUCAGGGAGGAGAUCGAGUUUUCAAGAACCAGACUGGUGAUGUAGCUUGUGGCAGCUACACUCUGUGGGAGGAAGAUUUGAAAUGUAUCAAACAGCUUGGAUUGACUCAUUAUUGCUUUUCUCUUUCCUGGUCACGUCUGUUACCUGAUGGGACGACAGGUUUCAUCAACCAGAAAGGCAAUUUCAGUUAUUACAGCAAAAUCAAUAACCUUGCAUCCUGCUCCCUGUAUCACUUUGGCUUACCUCAGUCCUUACAAGAUGAAGGUAUGAGGAACCUGAAAAGAUCAUUUAGACCUUUGAUAUUCAUGAAAAAGUAUUGCUUCAGAACAUUUGGACACUGGGUGAUCACUAUUAAUAAGCUUUAUGUUGUUCCUAUAUGUGGCUGUGAAAAUACCCUCAGUAUUGGUACCAGAGCUUACAAGGCCGCUUAUGAUGUGCUAAAAGCUCGUGCUAAAACCUGGCACAGUUGCAACAAGAUAUUUGAACAAAACAAAGUGGGCUUUGUCUAUAGCUCUGAACUGAGAUUGUUAGAACCUCUGUAGCAAACAAAAAGCGACUUUUGCUUUUUGUUCUUUAACUUAGGUAAUAUUUUCAGGGCAACAUUUAUUGAUGAUGAAUAUCCGGCCAUGGUGAAGUCUGAUAUUUCUGCAAAGCAUUCAAAGCAGAGUUACUUAUCAACAAGUCUUCCAGAAUUCACUAAAGAGGAAAAAAUUAUCAUCAUUAGUACUGCUGACUUCUAUACUCUGAACUUUUAUGGUUGCCUGUUGUACCAUGAGGAUACAUAUAAUAACCCUAUAAUUUAUAUCACUGAGAAUGGGUUUUCCCAAAGUGACCCUGCACUGCUUGAUGGCAGUCAACUAUGGGAGUAUUUCAGGCUGAUUUUACAGGAAAUUUUAAAAGGCUAUAGGAAUCUGGUGGGAAGAUUUCUGCUGGAACCAGGCUAUAGGAAUCUGGUGCGAAGAUUUCUGCUGGAACCAGGCUAUAGGAAUCUGGUCAGUUCACUGACAGAAGAGGAUCAUCUCUGUGAAUUAAAGGUAUUUAUAGGUAUUGAUAAGAUCCUAUACCUCAAACCUUCUCUCCACGCUGAACAGUCUCAGCUCUCUGAGCCUCUCCACACAGGAGAGAGGCUCCAGUCCCUUCAUCAUUUUUGUAGACCUUCACUGGACUGUCUCCAGUAUGUCCAUAUCUGCUAUAUUGAGGAAAAAACAACGUCCACUGCUCUUUCCUCAUCUACCAGGCUAAAUGCUGGAGGCAUGGUGGAUGCCUAUAAGAGGGAGGAGCUUUAA